UACACAUUUGUAUUCUUCACUUUAUAUACCACCCUUACUCAAACGACUAACUCAUCAAAACAGUAUUCUUCUCUUUAGUAAAAAUGAAACCAUCGCAAAAGAUAUCUUACCUUUCACAGUUGAAGCCUCGCAGAAGCGACUGGUGUAUUCAAGUGAAAACGAUCCACACCUGGAAACAAAUCAACCCUGCAUUUGGUGAAUCUCUCGAAAUCAUCUUUGCUGAUUCAAAGGGUGAUAAAAUCUACGCAACAUGUAGACAGAAUCAGUUGAUGAGUUUGGGUAGUAAAUGUGUGAUUGGUGAGUGGAAAACCAUUGAAAACAUGUCGGUGACUGCUGCAAAGAACAAUUGGAGAGUAAGCAACCACAAGUAUAAGAUUACGUUCAUUGGCCAGACAAAAAUCACAAACUGUGAUAUCGAGAAUGAUGAUAUGUUUCACUCAUUGAUGGAGUUCGAUACCAUAUUGAGUGGGACUAUGCAACCGAAUUUACUGUUUGGUAACUAAUUCUAUAUUCAAUGCUUUUGUUAUAUAUUACUUUGUAUACCUGCUUUAAACUUAUGUCAUAUUCUUUUUUGAUGAAGAUGUUCUUGGGCAAGCAAUGAAUGUUGGAGAUCUACUAACUAUAAGGUGCCAAGAUGGAGAGGAAAGAAAGAAAAUCGAUUUCACCCUGAGAGACAUAAAGUUAGUUCUUUUAUAUAUUUAUUAUGAGAAUUUUUUUUAGUUUAAUAUUCUCUUUUUCAUAUCUGAGAUUUUAUUUUUUGAUCCACUCUUUACAGUGAUCAACGAAUUGCCUGUUGUCUAUGGGGUAAGUUUGCUGAGAUGAUGGAAACCUAUAGUGAAAAAGCACACAAAGGAGUUGUUGUUUGUUUGCUCAGGUUUGCAAAGCUGGGAUCAUUUAAAGGUAAAAUCAAAACUCUAAGGUUUUAAUUAUUAAAAAUAAUUAUUGUUAAUUUGUUAAGAGAAUAAUUUCAUAUGGCGCAGGAGUUCUUCAAGUCUCCAAUGCAUAUGAUAUGUCUCAAAUGUUGAUCAAUCCUGAAAUUAAGGAGUCCUCUGACUUA